AUGUAAAAUAAAGAAAUUAAUAGAUAGGAUGUACCUAAGAUUGACAGAUUUUUAAGGAGAGAACAAAUAUUUAAGAAUGAAAAGAAAUUGAAUUAAUUACAUGCUAAUUAUUAUGAAGGAAUUCAAUUAAAUAAGAAAGAACUUCAUCAAGAAGCCAUUAAAUUACUUGAAUACAAGGUUAGCUAUCCUGAAGAUUUAGAUAUUUAUAUAUCUUCUAGUUCAGUUACAAAUAAACCUUUUGUUUAUAAGCAUCCUUUAUGGUUAAUUGAAAAAUGA